AUGACCAAUCGCAUCAUAUUGUUGUUAGCUUUAUUUAUUGCAUUUUUUCAUGCUAUUAAUAGUAGUAGAAAAGUUCAUCCGACUUUUCAACAUCCACAUCCUGUUCCACCUCAACCUAGUCAAUAUACAACAUCAAUUAUAUUAAAUGGACAACCUGCGAUGUAUUAUGCAGAUACAACUGUUAAAAGGGAUAGACUCGACGAGUCUAACCGAAAUCAGAUCUCGAUUAUAGAUUUCAAAACUUAUCGACUCUAUGUAAUAUUAGGAGAAGCGUGUUCAUGGGCUCAAAUUCCAGGAAAAAUUAAACCUUUGUUAGCAUUUUCAACUUAUGACUUUAUUGGAAAUCUAACACACAAUAAUACAUUAUGCAAUAAAUGGAAUGGCUGUCAUAAUUAUGAGAUUCCUCCAGCACCAUUUGAUUAUUAUGCAACAGUCAAAGGAAAUGUACCAAUGGAUUUAAAUUUACCUACUGUUGAUGUUAAUAUUCAUUUUUCUAACUUUACAUUUGGUCCUCCUCCACCAAGUACAUUUGAUAUUCCAAGUAAUUGCACUCUAACGGAAUUCAAUCAAUUAUUUCAUCCCAUCUUUUCAUAUUUCAUAAUUGAAAAUAGUGAUAUAGAAAUGUUGUGUUGA